GGCAACGGACAAAAAACGCGCUUUAAUUUUAGUUAAUUUAUUAGCUACUUGGUUUUUUGUUUGUGUUUUAGUGCAAAAUAGUGUGCGCGUGUGAUUUUGCACUAGUGUGUGUGUGUGUGCGUGUGUGUUUAUUUAGUGUGCGCGCGAGUGUAUAAAGAUUGAUUUGUGUGCUCCACGACUUUUGAUGGGAAACGCGCAAACAAGGCAUGAAAACAGAAGAAAAGCAUCGCAAAACCAAAACUUUGGUGCAGCAUCAGCAACAAUAUUAGAUCGCCAUGUAUUGAAUGAAGUAGUCACAGCCACCACACCAACAACAGCAAUAGCGUCGACGUCAGCUUUAGUUGUGGCGGGGGAGCCAAAACAACAACAACAACAGCAGCAACAACAAACAACUACGAUAACCUUUGGCUGUGGCGGCGGCAGCAAAAAAACCCUACAAAGAACGAGCAACAACGCAAACACCAAUACUACAACAACCACAACACUCACCCCUUGCAGCAGCAGCAACAGCAGCAGUUACAACAACAACAACACAGCUGAAGCACAGACACUACAAUCAGCUGCUGCAACCGUGAUCCAGGCACCACAACAACAACGCUCGCGACAGCUAUCAACUUGGAGCUUGGGCAGUCUCGGAGGUGCUCGCUUGAACUGGAGCUUCUCAACAGCGCGUAAUUCGUUCAGGCAUCGCAACAAGGCCACGCGCAAGAGCCUGACUUCGCUCCAGGGCUCGCGACGUUCGAAGACACAAUGGCACAGACCGCUGACAAAUGCUAUUUUUAAUUCACACUUCAAGGAGUCCAGUCGCAACGAACAGUUUGAUAUAGAGUUAUUGGUAGCUAAGGGUGCCUUUGGAGUGGUCUUCAAAGUUUUGGAGAAGAAGAGCUGCCCAGCAACAACGUCGAUUACAACGAAGCAGAAAACUGCAAUUGCCGCCGCCCCAACUAAAAACAGCUACGCUCUCAAAGUCCUCAAAAAAUCCAAGCUCAUCGAAGAGAAUAGCGUGCAGCAAAUCAAAGACGAGGCUGACAUUCAAAAGGUGUGUGGCCAUCAUCCGUUUAUAGUCCAGCAAAUUGAUCUGUGGCAGAAUCGUCACAACCUGCACAUCUUGUCCGAAUAUGUGCCCAAUGGCGAGCUCUUCAGCAAAAUUGCCCAUUUCUCCAUCGAUCUAGUGCGGCUGUACGUGGCCGAAAUCGCGCUCGCUAUCGACUUCCUUCACAACGCUGGCAUUAUCUAUCGCGAUGCAAAGCCCGAGAAUAUUUUGCUAACGCAGCACUUUCACAUUAAACUAACGGAUUUCGGACUCAGCAAGUGGCUCAAGUUGGGGGCCACCACCCGAACCAUGUGCGGCACCUUCAAAUACAUGGCGCCCGAAAUCCUGAAAGGUGAACCCUACGGCCAUGCUGUGGACUGGUGGGCUCUGGGCGUCAUUGUCUGCCAGAUGUUUACGCAAAAGUGUCCCAACAUCAAGCGCCACUUAAUGAAGCAACGAAGCAACUCCCGUGAGUCGGACAAUUUAUCCAACGCGCCCUCCAUUGCUCGAAUUAAUGGCUGUCUGAUGGACAGCGAUGAUGAGGAUUUUCUGCCCGAAUCCGUCCGGGGACUGCCACACGAGGCGCAGGAUGUAAUGCAGCGUCUCCUUAACUUGGAGCCGCGGCUGCGAAUCCGUAGCAUCCUGGCGCUACAGCGCAUUGCUCUUUACAAGGGCUACAAGCUGGAGGCGAAGCAUUUGUUAAGCCUGAAGCCGUUGGACAUAAUUGCCAAGGACCGCAUUCACAUCUAUGAGGACCAGCAGCCGCCGGAGCAGUGUUCCAGGGAGCUAGCCAAACAAGCAUUCCGUGACUUCUAAAAGGCGACCACUUGCCCAGCCAUAUGAAGAAACACUUUAAGUCAUUUUUAUUGAGUAUUGUUUAUUUUAUAUGUGUGUUUAAAUUUCUCUUUUAAGUUUCUUAGCGAAGUUGUGAAUAAAUUAUUGAAAUGCCAUUUUUAUAAAUUGAA